UUCAACCUGCCCUCAAUUGCGCAACACCACACGUGGCCUCGGUCCAAGUGUCCCUUUGCGCCUCCCGCUGAAGUCUCGAACGAUCUCUGCUCUGUGAAACCUACUACGUCAGAUACACUUCUACUCCUGAUUACAGGGAGAAGGACCGCUCCAGACGGGUAAGAAUUAUGUUUUCCUCCACUUAUCAAAGUUGAUCCAUGGUUGUCUGUGUGUAAUCUGCAGCCCGGGAGGGUGCAGCAGGGGCGGGGCGCACCAGGAAACAUGUUUUGGUAACUGCGCGAAACAAAGUGUUUUGUUUUAGGGCUGUUGCUCGCGCCAUUAUGUUUUUUCUACUUGGUAGGCUACUUAUCUGACCUCAUGUGUGACGGUUACAUUUGAACGAUAAAACCACUGCUGCGCUACUUUGAUAGUGAUGAGGGCCGUAAACUGAAUACAGUAACAGAAGUAACUUGCAGUAGCAUAUCAUUCAAACAGAAGAUAAAUAACUUGAGGUAGCAUAUCAUUCAAACAGAAGAUAAGUAACUUACAGUAGAAUAUCAUUCAAACAGAACAUAAUUAACUUACAGUAGAAUAUUAUUCAAACAGAACAUAAUUAAUUUACAGUAGCAUAUCAUUCAAACAGAACAUAAUUAACUUACAGUAGAAUAUUAUUCAAACAGAACAUAAUUAAUUUACAGUAGCAUAUCAUUCAAACAGAACAUAAUUAACUUACAGUAGAAUAUUAUUCAAACAGAACAUAAUUAAUUUACAGUAGCAUAUCAUUCAAACAGAACAUAAUUAACUUACAGUAGAAUAUUAUUCAAACAGAACAUAAUUAAUUUACAGUAGCAUAUCAUUCAAACAGAACAUAAUUAACUUACAGUAGCAUAUCAUUCAAACAGAACAUAAUUAACUUACAGUAGGAUAUCAUUCAAACAGAACAUAAUUAACUUACAGUAGCAUAUCAUUCAAACAGAAGAUAAGUAACUUGCAGUAGCAUAUCAUUCAAACAGAACAUAAUUAACUUACAGUAGGAUAUCAUUCAAACAGAACAUAAUUAACUUACAGUAGCAUAUCAUUCAAACAGAAGAUAAGUAACUUGCAGUAGAAUAUCAUUCAAACAGAACAUAAUUAACUUACAGUAGGAUAUCAUUCAAACAGAACAUAAUUAACUUACAGUAGCAUAUCAUUCAAACAGAAGAUAAGUAACUUACAGUAGAAUAUCAUUCAAACAGAAGAUAAGUAACUUGCAGUAGCAUAUCAUUCAAACAGAACAUAAUUAACUUACAGUAGAAUAUUAUUCAAACAGAACAUAAUUAAUUUACAGUAGCAUAUCAUUCAAACAGAACAUAAUUAACUUACAGUAGAAUAUCAUUCAAACAGAACAUAAUUAACUUACAGUAGGAUAUCAUUCAAACAGAACAUAAUUAACUUACAGUAGCAUACCAUUCAAACAGAAGAUAAAUAACUUACAGUAGCAUAUCAUUCAAACAGAUGGUGUAUUAAUUAAUGCUGUUGUUGACACUGACAGGCAAAACUUGCAUAGAUACCAUAACAGUCGCUGUGCUUAUAGAUGCUAGCCUAUACACCAGACAGACUACAGAUACCAUAACAGCCGCUGUGCUUAUAGAUGCUAGCCUAUGCACCAGACAGACUACAGAUACCAUAACAGCCGCUGUGCUUAUAGAUGCUAGCCUAUACACCAGACAGACUACAGAUACCAUAACAGCCGCUGUGCUUAUAGAUGCUAGCCUAUACACCAGACAGAUACAGAUACCAUAACAGCCGCUGUGCUUAUAGAUGCUAGCCUAUACACCAGACAAAAUACAGAUACCAUAACAGCCGCUGUGCUUAUAGAUGCUAGCCUAUACACCAGACAGACUACAGAUACCAUAACAGCGCUUGUUUAAAUGCUAGCUAUAACCAGACAGAUACAGAUACAAAAGCCGCUGUGCUUAUAGAUGCUACCCUAUACACCAGACAGACUACAGAUACCAUAACAGCCGCUGUGCUUAUAGAUGCUAGCCUAUACACCAGACAGACUACAGAUACCAUAACAGCCGCUGUGCUUAUAGAUGCUAGCCUAUACACCAGACAGACUACAGAUACCAUAACAGCCGCUGUGCUUAUAGAUGCUAGCCUAUACACCAGUCAUUUUCAUUGUUAUAUGUCAGUAAUGUGAAUCAUGUUGGUGGUUUCAAUGGAAUGAAAUGUAUGUUCAGUAGUCAUGGUAACUUCUGUAAACAUUGGCAUGCACCAGCCCAGUGCUGUUUACCAUUGUCCCCAUGUUGGUCAUGCAGAGUGACCACCAAGAUGAAGGAAAUGUCCUCCGUGAUCGACAGCGAGGUGUUCCUGGCCUUCUCUACCUAUGCCACUGUCGUCGUCCUCAAGAUGAUGCUGAUGUCUCCCAUGACGGCGUACUUCCGCUUCACCAGAAAGGUAUGGGGGAUGUGGAAAUUGUAGUCAGGUGAACAUAAAUGAAGUUACUGACAUGUAAAGUACUGUGUGCCUAAACCUGGGGACCUUUAGCAUCCUCUCUCAUAAUAAUGUCUCAUAGAUCUAUGCAGCAAAGUUAUAUUUUAGGAACUUGAAUGUUGACAAGGUAAACCUUUGUUAUAAUAGGUUGGGAUAUGUGACCUGUAAGUGAACUCUGUGAUGUAAACGUGUCUCUCCCUCCACAGUGUUAUAUAACCUGUAUGAUGUAAACGUGUCUCUCCCUCCACAGUGUUAUAUAGCCUGUAUGAUGUGAACGUGUCUCUCCCUCCACAGUGUUAUAUAACCUGUAAGUGAACUCUGUGAUGUAAACUUGUCUCUCCCUCCACAGUGUUAUAUAACCUGUAUGAUGUAAACCUGUCUCUCCCUCCACAGUGUUAUAUAACCUGUAUGAUGUAAACGUGUCUCUCCCUCCACAGUGUUAUAUAACCUGUAUGAUGUAAACGUGUCUCUCCCUCCACAGUGUUAUAUAGCCUGUAUGAUGUAAACGUGUCUCUCCCUCCGCAGUGUUAUAUAACCUGUAUGAUGUAAACGUGUCUCUCCCUCCACAGUGUUAUAUAGCCUGUAUGAUGUAAACGUGUCUCUCCCUCCACAGUGUUAUAUAGCCUGUAUGAUGUAAACGUGUCUCUCCCUCCACAGUGUUAUAUAGCCUGUAUGAUGUAAACGUGUCUCUCCCUCCACAGUGUUAUAUAGCCUGUAUGAUGUAAACGUGUCUCUCCCUCCACAGUGUUAUAUAACCUGUAUGAUGUAAACAUGUCUCUCCCUCCACAGUGUUAUAUAACCUGUAUGAUGUAAACGUGUCUCUCCCUCCACAGUGUUAUAUAACCUGUAUGAUGUAAACGUGUCUCUCCCUCCACAGUGUUAUAUAACCUGUAUGAUGUAAACGUGUCUCUCCCUCCACAGUGUUAUAUAACUUGUAUGAUGUAAACGUGUCUCUCCCUCCACAGUGUUAUAUAACCUGUAUGAUGUAAACGUGUCUCUCCCUCCACAGUGUUAUAUAGCCUGUAUGAUGUGAACGUGUCUCUCCCUCCACAGUGUUAUAUAACCUGUAUGAUGUAAACGUGUCUCUCCCUCCACAGUGUUAUAUAACCUGUAUGAUGUAAACGUGUCUCUCCCUCCACAGUGUUAUGUAACCUGUAUGAUGUAAACGUGUCUCUCCCUCCACAGUGUUAUAUAACCUGUAUGAUGUAAACGUGUCUCUCCCUCCACAGUGUUAUAUAACCUGGUAUGAUGUAAACGUGUCUCUCCCUCCACAGUGUUAUAUAACCUGUAUGAUGUGAACGUGUCUCUCCCUCCACAGUGUUAUAUAACCUGUAUGAUGUAAACGUGUCUCUCCCUCCACAGUGUUAUAUAGCCUGUAUGAUGUAAACGUGUCUCUCCCUCCACAGUGUUAUAUAACCUGUAUGAUGUAAACGUGUUUCUCCCUCCACAGUGUUAUAUAGCCUGUAUGAUGUAAACGGGUCUCUCCCUCCACAGUGUUAUAUAGCCUGUAUGAUGUAAAUGUGUCUCUCCCUCCACAGUGUUAUAUAACCUGUAUGAUGUAAACCUGUCUCUCCUCCACAGUGUUAUAUAACCUGUAUGAUGUAAACGUGUCUCUCCCUCCGCAGUGUUAUAUAGCCUGUAUGAUGUAAACGUGUUUCUCCCUCCACAGUGUUACAUAGCCUGUAUGAUGUAAACGUGUCUCUCCCUCCACAGUGUUAUAUAGCCUGUAUGAUGUAAACGUGUCUCUCCCUCCACAGUGUUAUAUAACCUGUAUGAUGUAAAGUGUAUCUCCCUCCACAGUGUUAUAUAACCUGUAUGAUGUAAACGUGUCUCUCCCUCCACAGUGUUAUAUAACCUGUGUGAUGUAAACGUGUCUCUCCCUCCACAGUGUUAUAUAACCUGUAUGAUGUAAACGUGUCUCUCCCUCCACAGUGUUAUAUAACCUGUAUGAUGUAAACGUGUCUCUCCCUCCACAGUGUUAUGUAACCUGUAUGAUGUAAACGUGUCUCUCCCUCCACAGUGUUAUAUAACCUGUAUGAUGUAAACGUGUCUCUCCCUCCACAGUGUUAUAUAACCUGUAUGAUGUAAACGUGUCUCUCCCUCCACAGUGUUAUAUAACCUGUAUGAUGUGAACGUGUCUCUCCCUCCACAGUGUUAUAUAACCUGUAUGAUGUAAACGUGUCUCUCCCUCCACAGUGUUAUAUAGCCUGUAUGAUGUAAACGUGUCUCUCCCUCCACAGUGUUAUAUAGCCUGUAUGAUGUAAACGUGUCUCUCCCUCCACAGUGUUAUAUAGCCUGUAUGAUGUAAACGUGUCUCUCCCUCCACAGUGUUAUAUAACCUGUAUGAUGUAAACCUGUCUCUCCCUCCACAGUGUUAUAUAACCUGUAUGAUGUAAACGUGUCUCUCCCUCCGCAGUGUUAUAUAGCCUGUAUGAUGUAAACGUGUUUCUCCCUCCACAGUGUUACAUAGCCUGUAUGAUGUAAACGUGUCUCUCCCUCCACAGUGUUAUAUAGCCUGUAUGAUGUAAACGUGUCUCUCCCUCCAC